CCCGACGGCGACGACAGCAGGGCGAUUCCAGGCGCGUGCCACGCGUAAAAAGCGCGGAAAGUUGAACUCAUUUUUAUCUGCCCCAGCCACAUGUCGCAAAUGCAAACACUGUUUUGGCCGCCAAGCCAGUGGUUUGCGACGUCGCCGUAGCAUAAAAACGGCAUGUUGCCAGGUCAUCGGGCUGCGAAGACACGCACGCACGCGAUGCACACGUGAAUCUUGAGAAAUCAAGCAGCCCAAAUAGCUCAUUCUACAACUUUCCACUUCCCAGCACCACUCCACUGCCUCACGGCUGCUGUCCUGCUUCCAUGGCCUCGACACCAACCGCCGCCUACGUCACGGCGCCAACCACGCCGACGACCCAGCCCAAGCCGGACGUGUUUCUUCCGAUGAAGAGCUCGCCGAAAGCCAAGGCCGACGACCUCAAACGCACCGGGUCCACCGGCUCGCUUCGCGCAUCCCGCCGAUCCACGUCCCGCGUCCGCCUCAGUCGCCUCGAAGCCAUGCUGCCCGACGAGACCGCGGCCGCGCUCAUGCCGACGUCGGCGCUGUACAUUACGGCAGCCGUCGCGCUCAUCGGGUGCCUCCAGGUCGGCUGGUGCCUCGUGCAGCUCAACUACCGUCCGUUCAACCUCGAGUGCGAAAAGGUGCCGAUUCCGGACGAAGCGUGCGUCAUGUUUGCGGGUCACUCGGAGAACGAGUGGACGCUGGCCAUCUCUACGUGGAUUCUCGGCGCGGCCAUUGGCGCCAUGGGCAGCGGUGUGCCCGCCGACAAGUUUGGCCGGAAGCGGUCGCUCUUUCUCAACGCGAUCGUGAUCAUCGUCGGUGGCGCCGUCCAAGCCGCGUCCACGGAAGUCUACCUCUUCUCGGUCGGUCGGUUCAUCUCGGGCCUCGCAUCUGGCGCGGCCAUCAACGUCGCCAACAUCCUCAUCACGGAGAUCUCGCCCACGCACAUGCGCGGUACGCUCGGCACCGGUAUCCAGAUCUUCAUUGCGUCCGGCGCGCUCCUGGUGACGACGUGCCACUACUUUGUCGGCUUCUCGUACGGCUGGCGCUUCCUCGUCGGGUUCCCGGUCGUCAUGGGUGCGGUCCAAAUCUUCUUGCUGCCGUUCACGGCCAAGAGCCCUGUCUGGCUCGUCGCCCACCAGCAGCAUGACGAAGCUGUUGCGGAAAUGACGCGUCUGUAUAUUGCGCCCAUCGACACCAAGGCGAUGCUGCAAGCGAUGAUCGCGGCCCACGAAGAGGAAGAGAAGGAGCAGGCCGAGAUCAACGCGUGGCAAGCGCUCCUCUCCAAGCGCUAUCGCAAGCAGCUCCUCAUCGCGGUCGUGCUCUGCUCGGCGCAGCAGCUGUGCGGUAUCACGGCCAUCAUGUACUACUCGUCCGACAUCUUUUUUGACGCCGGCAUCACGGACCCGCGCGUCGGCAACACGAUCGUCAACAUUGUGCGCACGGGCGGCAUCCUCGUCGCGUCCCGCAUCAUGGACAAGGUCAAGCGCCGCACUUUGCUCGUGUCGGGUCUCUCGGCCAUGGCCAUCGCGGCGCUCGGCGUUGUCUUUUCGCUCAUUUACGCCAACCCGAUCGUGUCGCUCGUCUCGACGGCAAUCUUUGUCGGCGCCUUCUCGCUCUCGAUCGGCCCGAUGGCGUGGAUGCUCACGGCCGAGAUCUUUCCCGACUUUCUCCACGCCAAGGCCGGCGGCGUCGGCACCAUGACCACGUGGAUCGCCGAUCUCAUCGUCGGCCUCUUCUACCCGUCGAUCGCAGCCGCCAACGCGCUCUCCAACUAUGCGUUCCUCCUCUUCUUCGCCUUCCUCGUUGGCUACGCGUCCUUUACGUACAUUAUGCUCCCCGAGACGUCGCACAAGACCUCGGACGAGAUCCAGCUGCUCUUCAACCCGCUCCCGGUUUCGUCGCCCAAAGCUCAAGUCGAAUUGGACCCGUACGCGAGCAUCGACUAGGUACCCCACUAGAUUUAUAAACUAAUUUGUGUGUUUUGUCAUGACA